AUGCGCUUGAAAUUGAUGGAGGCCAGUUUUUCCAACCUGAAGCUUUGCAUCCUGUACGUUGUAUUGACUGCCUGCCUGUUUCACAAAGGUAAACUAAGGAUAAGAGGCCGCAUUUUCCAUAAUGCGAUGAACAAUUAAUUGUUUCAUCGCAAGCUUGGCUUAAACCACCGCUAACAAAACAUGGCCCCAACGGUCACUAACAUUGUUUAAUGAAUCUCACCAAUUAUAGCUAACUUUGUUUAGCAUUAAACUGUCUGAGUUUGUAGCGAAAGAGUUAGUUAAAAAUAAGAUGGAACAGCCUUACUUUCCAUUUUUGUUGUGCUAGACAAAUACUUUUUUCAUCGUACAUUUGACACCACAGCAACAAAGAGAAAAAACUGAUAACCAAAAUGAAAAUGGGCCCUAAUUGUUCGGGUUUUUUUUUUUGCUUUGAAUAAUGCUUUAAGGAGGGCUAAUGCAUGUUGUAGUACACAGUUCUUUAUUAAGGAGACAAGUGAGCCGAUGGAAUAAGUCGACCAUAGUUUGAAUAGAUCAGUCUUAGUCCAAAGGAGGAUUAUUCAAGUAUCCCAUGAUGCUGCCGGCCAAAACAUCGCUCAGUUGGUGUCAAGUUUUCUGAACAAUUCGAAAGACUUUUGGCCAAAUUUAAAGUUCAUCAUUCUUUGUUUUUUCUUGUCUAUGGUUAACAUCAAGCCAAGGCAUCUCUUCGACUCUUUGACGUCGCUCUCUCUCCUUCGUAAUCUCCGUUAUGAGCAAGAAGAAGAUUGAGCCACGCUUGUUGGGUUUACGAAGUUGAAGACCACGACAACAAUAUUCGGGCUGCAGCUUCUUCAUCGCUUUCUCUCUUAAAGCAAGCUAUUCUCGGCUUGCACUAUCACGCAAUGAAAAAUAAAAAUGCAAACCACUCAAUACAGAAGGACUAGAAUCUGGGAAAUGAAAAAAAGAUAAAUAAACAAAAACCCUUGCCAAGAAUCAGGUCUGUGAAAUAUUGCAAAUGCGAGAUAUUGGGAAAAACGGUUUACCUAAAUUUAUAAAGCUUUGUAUGGAAACGCCAUGUUGGUGUCCCUUUCAGGAACACCAAUAUGGCCGCCGGAUACCAACACAAACAUCUGUUUUCGAGUUUUCCUACUAAUGCGUGAAUUGUUCGCUUGAGGAAUUCAUAAAGAUUACAGUAAUAUUUAUUCUGAGACAAGGAAUGUUUAGAUUGCAAAAUCUCCCAAAAUCGGUAAUGUUUUUAACCCACAUAAGAGCUUUCCCGGCCGCCAGCUAAAUGCCGCGUCACGCAAAAGCCUGGAAAUUCAAGCGUCCUUUCUCACAAAACGAAGAACCCCUUCGAACCAAAAAUUUGUUUAUGUAAAGGUGUUUAGGUACUGUAAUACCUAGUGAAAGUAGAAACUCAGAAGAAUCGAUAGUUUCUUAGUUUGAUUUUUGGUGACGUCACGUGCAACCCAAGAAUACAGUCUGGGUGGAAUAACAAAAUAUCACAGUUAAAGAACAUUUGUACCUGGAAAGGAGUGAAAUUAAAAAUAAUUGAUGAUCAAAACAAACUUGCGCAAACUGUUAGCUCCGUUUCCUGAGGUGGGCGGGCCAAUAUUUCUUCCAUGAAGACCGAUCGAUCUUAAAACCAGGCAGCAAAAGAGUGGAUUUGAUACUGUAUUUAUACUAACCUUGUGAGUGUACUUCGACUUUACUUUGAUUUCCACUGGGAAGGCUUGUCCUCACGAUCUUUCAGCUUGGCAGAUCCGAGCGCACAAAAACACACAUCUCGUCGCUCUCGUGAUUUUUUGGGAAAACUUAUGCACUCCGGUCCAAUACUCUUAGAAACCUUCAUCAAGCUAAAUUUGGUGGAUUAAUGUACACUUGAUAACCUAAAUCCAAACACUAGACAUAAACAAGCGGCAAUAAGGCGAUCAUCGACCAGUCCUCGUCAAGCAAUUCCAUGGCAAGUGAAGGGUCACGUGAGCAAUCUCAUUUGAUAAUGUAGUUGAUCCGCGUUGCGUCAUGGAAUACCUGAAUAAUUCUCCCUUUCUUAGUCCUAAUCGUCUCCUAACGAAUACUUAGGGAUGAUGAGUUAUCGUCAUAAAAUGCCUUAGGGGAGGAUACUCGACAAAGUUUAAUACGGGGAGUCUCCGCCCCGAGGUCCAACCUCCUAUCCUUUUAUAUGCUAUUUUUGACAGAAAAGGAAUCCCUUUCGUAUACCUUUCUAUUGAAAAAUAGUACCCCUUUCACAUACCUAGAACUUUGCAUCCCUUUUAAUUGCUACAAAUGCGCUAAAUCCCAACACCAGAACGUUUUCUCGACUUUUUCACAGGUAUAUAAUGCAUCUGUAAGCCCUUUUGGGCCUUUUUACAGGCCGAAAUGACAUAUUUCCCUACCCUUUUUGUAUACUUCAACCAGUAAAAUCACAUCUUUUCAUAUACCUGAAGCCUGAAAAAGGUACCCCUUUUCGGGCGGAGCCUUCUUGUAAAGGGAGAUCCUCUCGGGAAUAAAAGCCGUCUGCCUACUUUGGAACUUCUAACCGUUUUGUCCACCUUUGGCUAAGAAAGGCGAUGAGUACAAGCGCACUGUCUGCAACAGAUUCUGUUCACUUAACUUACUAAUUGAUUUCCAGAAAGCAGGCGCCAGAAUUUUUGCCUGUUUUAGAAAUUAAAGUACCUGUCCGGAACUUAAAAGUGCGCGCGGUGAUUUUUAACCAAACAUUGUCGAGCUACUGAUCGAGCGGGUUCUGUUGCAAUAUUUCAUGAUUAUCGCUGAAGAUCGACUACCUCCAAGAGAUUGUUUUAAUUUGGUAGAUGACAUAUGGUUCGACGCUGUUGAAGAUAUGUAUUAGUGGUGUUAUGGCAUUAUUUACAUAAGACAGUUUCGAUUAAGGCGACAAUCUAAACAGGUACUUCGCGCGCGGCAACUAUGUACGCACCUAUUCAGAGUCUGACUCACGAGAAAAUGCAAUGAAGGGAUGAACUACUAGCUUUUGGCUUGUGAGCUCAAUACCUUAGGGUGUCACUCAAAAGCAGAGUACAGAGUUUCCAUGUUUAUGGUAAACUAAACAAGCGCGUUAAGUUUCUCGUGCAUCAAUUCGAAGUUGCAGAGCUGAAGGCCCGUGUAUAUAGUUAUAAAUGACAAAGAAGCUCUGAGAUUACACAUCAUGACUUUCAAAUAUUCAACCAACCACCGUUUUCUUGGAAAUAUCUGUUAGGAGCUCUUUAGCGCGCCUUAAAUUUUGUGGCUGUUCGUUGGCGUCAGAGUUUCGGCAUUUGUAUGUUUUGUUCACCUAAGAAUUUCGUAGCCUUUUUAUUUGAUUAGUGAUUGUNAAUGACAAAGAAGCUCUGAGAUUACACAUCAUGACUUUCAAAUAUUCAACCAACCACCGUUUUCUUGGAAAUAUCUGUUAGGAGCUCUUUAGCGCGCCUUAAAUUUUGUGGCUGUUCGUUGGCGUCAGAGUUUCGGCAUUUGUAUGUUUUGUUCACCUAAGAAUUUCGUAGCCUUUUUAUUUGAUUAGUGAUUGUUAAGCUUCAAAAUUCUCAUGGAAAAAAAUUUUGCUGUUUAUAUUUGAUCAAGGUUCCAGCCAUCGUACUGUGACUGUUUGUCAUCACUUUGCUAAAAAAAAUUGUUAAAUUUUUGAAACAAUUUUUAAAAUCACCUUUAUCAGCUCCAGAAAUUUUUACAGUACUUUAAAAAAUUUGAAGUAGUUUCUCUCGGGGACGCCAUCAUCUACGCAAGGCUGCCAGAAUUUGGAUUAGGCUUUAGGCUUUAGGCUCACUAGAGGUGACGUACCUUUAAUCCCUAAUGAGAUAAACAUUUUUAAUUUGUUUCUUUUUUCUUAAUUUGUUUCUUUUUCUUUUUUCGGAACACAAUACAAAAAAGUAGCAAACCAAAUGACAAUUCCAUUUUGCUGUCCAUUUCCUCAGUGCAUCCAACUGCCAUACCAGUUUAAUAAGUUUGAUUAAAUUUAAAUAAGUUAUUUUCCUGUUGAUGUGCUUGUAUAACUAUAAAUACUUUACAGAAUGAUUCAUUUUUGUUUCAGUCUGAUUCAAAAUUUAGCUGUGUUUUUCAAUUCAUUUUUGUCAAAAUUUGACCGAAAUGAGAGAAAAAAACGGAAAAUUAAAACGAACGAAAUAAAACAUUCAAAAUUGUUUGCGAACGUGAAGGGAUGGAGAAAUCGAUAACUGGUGGUUGCCAUUCUUCCCCUUCAUUUUUCCUUCGUUUUGGUACAUUUCCCAGUUUUUAAACACUUUUGUUUCCCUUGCAGUAAACAGCUUAAUCUGCAGUAAAUGCAACAGCAGCAAGUCAUAUGAAGAAUGCGCCGCAAAUGCAACAACGGUGGACUGCGCAAUAGACGAUGCGCGCUGUGUGCACUUCCACUAUGAGGUGUCUCAAGAAAACUCCGGCCAAAAGACAACAUGGUUUGGCCUAGGAUGUGUGGCUAAUGGAGAAUGUUCAAGCAGCUUUUUUCCGCCUUGUAAGAGCCUUGCAGAAGGAGCGAGGGAAGAAGAUAAGAUGAAAAUCACUUGUCACGUGUCAUGCUGUGGAACUGAUUUUUGCAACUCACAAGUUUCGUUUAACUUUUCAGUGCUGGUUUUGCUGAUGUCUCUCUUUCUGCAAUUAUUUUUAAAAUCGUUUAAUCAAUAA